AGGAUACCUCUACAUUCAGCGUGCCCUCUAGAAACAUGGUCGAUCUCAAGCAGCAGCUGAACGCCAUCGACUAUUUUGGUGUAGUGGCGGUUUGGUUGAGCUUCUUCUCCAUCAUUUUCAUCAUCUCUGUUACUUGCAUACUCUGGUGCUGUGUAAGCAAAGACGACGAUUCGACAGUGUUUGCAAAGUAUGGCAUGGGACCUCGUCAGCGUCAGCGGCCGACGGCGCAUGCGGAAUGAAUGAAUUCUCUGCAUGAUAAUCUAGUGGCAACAACGGUAUAGGUACUUGAUUCUCUUACUAGAAAAAUUCGAAUAUCCACCUCGGCAUUCAAAGUUAUGUUCCUUAAGUCGCAAACGUUCAGAGAUUUGUGAGUGUCGCUUUUGUGUGAUUCGUCUAAGCUCUCCCUGCUCAUACGUACACCUCUGUUCUAGUUCAUUUCCAGUAGUUGCAGUCAACUAGAGGUUUUUUGAGCAACUUUCAUUUGUAAUAUCGAUUCAUUUCAUCAGAAUUGCCAGAUCGCCAAUUUAUUCUGUACUUACCAACCUAUUCUUCAUUAAAUGAUAACCGAUAAAUAUGUUUGUCGGUAAAGCAUAAUAUGAGUGUCAACCUGUCAACAAUCGAAGUGAUGAAAAGAG